AUGAAGCACACACAGGUGGCUGUGCUGCUGCUUGUGCAAAGCAUGAAUGCUCUGGCUAGAGCAACGGCAACAACAGAAGCGACCCCUCGUCUCGAUAUGACGCUUCCACAUCUGACUCAGUCUAGCAAGAUGACUGGCAACCCGCACGCUCCCCCAAAGCUCUUUGCCAAUGUGCCUGGCACUAUGGAUGACGAGGGAACUUGUCAGUGCUCUGUGUACUUGCCGGAUACCACCUUUCCAGUGCAGAAGGCUGAGCAAUUGGAAAUUAUAGCCGCAACGCUCUCGGAGAAAUUUGAGAUAGAGCUUUCUCAAGUUAAAGAGUACUCAAAAAUGAUUGAACUAUAUCAGCAGCAAAUCCUUAAUAUAACCAUCAGAGUGGAGCAUAUGGAGAAGAGCAGUGUAUCUUACACAGAACUGGACUUCCAGUUACUGAAAAUGGAAAUCAGUGACCUAGAGAGACUGGUCACUCAGCUGAAAUCCAGCCUUGUUGGAAGCAAUGUCAUUGUUGAGCAAAUAUAUUUGGAGAUCACAAAUCUGACUAUACUGGUAAAUGAACUAGAAUCACUGGACAAAAACAAUGUCCUUGCAAUUCGUCGACAAAUUGUGUCUCUGCAGAAUCGAUUGAAAGAGUGUGAAGAGGCCACAAACAAAACUAUAAUACCCCCUUAUUUCCCACCAGGUAGCUGCAAUCAUCGUGGACUGCUGAAUGUUAGCCAGCCCUAUAUUGUAAAGCUGAACUGGAGAGGAUUUUCCUACAAAUAUGGUUCCUGGGGUAGAGAUUACUCUCCCUCUAACCCAGAGAGGGAAGUCUAUUGGGUUGCACCAUUGAACACGAAUGGGAUAUACUUGGAAUACUACAGAAUUUAUAGUUCCUUUGAUGAUUUGCUGCUGUUUAAACCCAUAUAUGAAAGUAGAAUAACAUAUGGGGAAGGAAGUGGUGCUGCCCUUUAUAAUAAUUAUUUGUACUAUCAUGCUUAUAAUUCAAGACAUAUGGUGAAGCAUAAUUUAAAAACAAACACCAUGGUUUUGAGGAAGGAGCUUCCAGAUGCUGUUACUGGUAACCGUUUCUCUUAUGCAGGUGUUUCAUGGCAAGACAUGGAUUUUGCUGUGGAUGAAAGUGGGUUAUGGGUAAUAUAUUCAACAGAACAUAGCAUGGGCAACAUUGUGAUUAGCAAACUCAAUGAGACCACACUUGAUGUGGUAAAUACUUGGCAGACAAGACAGUACAAACCAUCUGUUUCCAAUGCUUUCAUGGUAUGUGGUGUUCUGUAUGCCACAAGGCCAAUGAACACUAGGAAAGAGGAAAUCUUCUACACAUAUGACACAGCUACUGGCCAAGAAGGUCGUAUUAGUGUCAUUAUGGAUAAAAAAUUAGACACAGUGCAGAGUAUUGAUUAUAACCCCACAGAUCAGAGGCUGUAUGUUUACAACGAUGGUUACCUUCUAAGGUACGAUACGACCUUUCAGUCUUAGUGGUUCAGUGACGUAAGCAUGCGAUAAAACUGGCAGCAACUAAACCAAGAGAUCCAAUACAGCUUUAGCCAGUGCUAUUGCCAGUUUAGAGUUCAUCUGGUCUGAUGUACUGUGUCUGUGGAUGUUGUAUAUAUAUAUAUAUAUAUAUAUACUUAUGCUCUAAAGGAAUUGCCCACUCUGGUCGGUAGUAUUGCUGGCAGCAGUGUUUGGCAUUACUGGGUUAUUUAGGUCUUGAUUGGUGUUUAUUGGUGGUUGGUGCUGUAUGAUUGUCCUUCCUCUAAGGGUAGAUUUACUGCAUAGAUUUAGUGCAUUUUGUUAACAGGAAUCGAUGGACACAGGCUAUCUACUGACCAAGAAGUUAAUUACCCACUGAUGUGUAUUUGUCAGUGUAACACUGGCAAGGCACCCAGAAAAUGAGAAUGAGUUUUCACUGAUCUUCAGCAGAGUGGAUUGAGGCCUCAGAGGAAUUAGUCAAAGGAUUAAAAUAGUAUAGGGAGUAGACUUGGUUGGAAGACAGCAACCUCUUUGUUCAGUGGAAGCAGUAGUAUCUGGCUCAAGGCUUCAGGAGAGAGGGUGGAAGUGCACUUUGCUGUUUGAAGUCCUACCACAGGGAUGGAAGAGAAGGCGUCAGGGCAGGGACAGAGCUCACUGCCCUUACCAUCACUGAUGCAGUGGGACAGCUGCACCUGGGCCCCCACCUGCAGCUGCUUCCUAGCAGCUCAACCCUCUCCCAAGCUGCUACAGCACCAGGCUGGAUUCUUGGAAUGACUGUGAGGGAGAAACUGGCAGCAGGGCUUUCACCAGCUUUCCCUCUGUCCCACUCUGCUGCCUUUAGCAGUUCUGUGUGCCUAAACCUGGCCUUACGAAUGGUUUUACUGCAAUCUAGCCAUGCUUUGCGGUCACCAUAGCCCCAUUUUCCUGGCAGUACAGUGGAACAAACUCUGUUUUCCUUUCCUUUAUUCUCUUGUAAGCUGAUGUAAAUCCUCCUGUUGACUUUAUUGGCCACAAGUGGCCUUUAGGUGUAUAUCAUGCAUUGCCAUAGAAUGACAGUCGUGUUAUUUAAUGUGCCUCUAUGCAACAUUUUUGCAGUUCUGUAAUUAGAUUCCUGAGAGCCUUGUUAGUGUAGGGUCCAAUUUGUUCCCUGGGUAAUUCUGUCUUACAGCAAGGUAAGAGGUCUUGUGGAAAACAGAAGUCUGGUCAAGCUAGCUGGAUAUAUGUAUUGGGUUUUUUAAUAGGUAUUGUGUAACAGUUUCUGAGUGUGUGCACUGUAACGUCUUACAUUCAUCAUGUCAGAAAGCAGGCUGAAAAUCUGAAAUUCAGAGCUCUACAAUGAUGAAGAAAGUGGUUCAUGUGGUUCCUUUCUUCUGUUACCUAUGCAAUCAUGUCUGUGUCCUCUGAUAAUCAGAAUCAAUACAUAUGCAAACAAUUGCUUUUUUUUAAAUAAAAAAAUAUAUUUUCAAAGAAUCUCAGCUGUGCUAUAGAGCAAUGUAAAGCUGCUUGUGACAAAUAGGUAACUUCUGGGAUGCAAUGGGAUGCCAGGGCACCAAAUGUUUGAAAGAGGACCAUUGCACUCACUUGGGCUCCAUGUGCUUCAGUAGCUCUGUGAACAACAUAGAAGUGUGAAUCAGUAUGUCAACAAGUACGUAAAAGGAGCUUUAUUUCCCCACACAGAAAUAUGUUAGCUGGUUAGGGUAACAUUUCUGCAUCAAAGCUGAGAUGUUACUUGAGAUAUUGAAGGCUGAUGAAAUGAUGACACAUUUUGAAGCCAGGUGCUGCCACUUAUCAGGUAUCAGCAUCUGUUUCUUGGAAACCUGUGAAAUGAAUUUGAAAGCCAUGGAGGCAUUGAUGCAGUAAUCUGAUCAGUCAGCACAGGCGGUGCUGCUGUGUGAAUAAUCCAUAACAGCCCAAGUAAGGAUUUGGCUGAGAAAGGAAGAAGAAAAUACUGCAAAAAUAUUUUUCCCUCUAUAUCUGCAUGUGUGUCACAGAAGGUGCGCAGCUUUCCACUUAUUAUCAAGAAAUGCUGUCAGCACGGGCCUUGAGGCUCUUCAGCUCGCCACCAUUUAGGGAGGGAGUGGGUGUUAGCAUGGAAGUGACUGACUCUAGUGAGUGGACUGGGAUUCUCAAGUCCUCCCUGGGGACAGGUCCUCAUGGUCUAGCUUUCUCCCCUUUGGACACAGCAGUCAGCCUCAGGUCUAGAGGCUUCCAUGGUGGUGGUGGCAGUGGGAAUGGCAUGGCUGCCCACUGUGCCAGCAGCAGGGCAGCUGGGGAGCAUCAGGGCAGCUCCAGCCCCAGGCAUCGGGCACCUCCCUGGGGACAGGGGCAGGCUGAGGUUGGGCUGGGACAUGGGCCCACGGGUGAGCCUGGCUUGGCGGUCCCCACGGCCUGGCAGGGCAGGGCUGCAGGGACCUGGAGACCAGCCCUGCUGCUGCAGCAGUG